CAGCUCUGCUGGUAUUACGCAGUUUGGAAGAUUGCGCUCUGAUAAUAUUAAAAUAUUAAUAUCGAUUAAAGUUGAUUGCGUCGUGUUGAGUGUUUUGACGCGUGACAAAUAAGCGGCCGUUCCGCAAGCCAUAAAUUUCUAAAGCCACGCGUCACCAGAUGGGAUUCGCCUGCCGAAACAUCUCUCUCACACACACACACAUCCGCGGGAAACACUACUAUGCGUAAAGUGCAACAAGCACAUAAACAGGCAGCCCGGCCGCAGUAAUUAAUACACGCAAAGCCGACGCAAUCGACUGCAAUUACCCUCCGACACAUGCGGAGGCGCACAAUUAGUUAAUCAACUAAUUAAGCCGGCGGCGGCGGCGGCAAAACAUCGGCAGCGGAAUUAUUAGAUUAAAGAAGCGCCAGCAGAUAGGUUGAUAAUCGAAGCGCAACGAUCUUGCUCUCUGCGGGGAUAAUCUAGAGGGGGCGGGGCGUGCGGCGGCGGGGCCGCCCGGGGGCGGCGCCGCGCCGCACGCCAAUGAGGGCGGUCCGGCCGAGGGCACAGUGCACGUGCGGUCUUCAGGCAUGGAGCAACAGGAGAAGCCGCCGUGCUCGCAGCAGCCCCGAGUCGUGGGCAACUUCUGCAUCGAGGCCCUGCUCGGGCCCCGCAGGCCCCUCGAGUCGCCCCCCCGCAGCGAGUGCUCCGACGCCUCCGUCAGCCCCGCCAUCUCGCCCGGCUGCGAGGGCGAGUCGCCCCCGCCGCCGCCCCACGCCGGGCCCCCGCAGCCCGCGGUCGUCCUCUCCCGCUUCUACCCACCCGCCGGCCCCCAGUCCACCGGACCCAAUCCGGCCCCUUCGGGCCUCUACUACCCUGGGUCUGGCGGCUCGGCUUUCCACCCCCUGCUCAAUGAGAUGCGCAGCAAGGCUCCUGAUGGUUCGAUGACUACCUCCCCGGCGACAGGAGCGGGCAGCGCCGCCUCUUCGCCCACCUCCACCCCUGGGGGUCAGGGUGGCCCGCCUGGUUCGGCCGCCAGCGCCGUGGCCGCAGCGGUGGCCGCCGCGGCCGCGGCUGCCGCCCACCACCAGCAGCAUCAGCUGCAGCACCUGCAACUCGAGUGGCUGGCCAGAACCUCGGGGAUGCUGUACCCCCGUCUGCCUGACCUCGCCUGUGAGUACCUAGGUGGGCCUCAGCACGCACUGCUCGGCAAGACGCGCAGACCCAGGACGGCCUUCACCAGCCAGCAACUGCUCGAGUUGGAAAAGCAGUUUCGACAGAACAAGUAUCUUUCCCGGCCGAAGAGAUUCGAGGUUGCCACCAGUCUCAUGCUCACCGAGACGCAGGUGAAAAUCUGGUUCCAAAAUCGGCGGAUGAAGUGGAAGCGGAGCAAGAAGGCGCAGCAGGAGGCGAAAGCGAAGGACGAGUCGGAGAAGCGCGGCGGCUGUGGCAAGGAGGGCCGGCAGAGCCAGCCGGCGGCCAAGGAGGCGGCCUCCUCCAUGAUGGGCACCGACAACGGCGACUCGAGCAGCUGCAGCAGCGGCUCGCCCGGCGGACAGGUGGCGCCGCCACCGCCGCCGCCGUCGGCCCCGCAGAGUCUGGCCACGCUGCUGGGGGCGCAGCAGCACCGCGGGGGCCUGGAGGCGGCCCGUCUGCCCCUGCACCACCACCACCCCCGACUCGGCCUGCCCCCGGAGUCGGCCGAGGCCUUGUACAGGCCGUACGUCGUGUGACUAACGUCCGCCGACCACGCGCCCAGAUCUGACUGUUGAUUUUCGUGCUCUUCUUCAAAGUUUUGUUUCCCGUCAGACACUAUGCGUUGAAAUUCUAGUCAAAACGAAGAAAGAAAAACGUUGGCGGGCUCAGAGUCCGAGCAAAAUGCCUGUCUCGAAUAAUUCACGGCAGGACUUGACCAUUUUGUUGAUUCUGUACAAGGGUUUCUAAAGCCAUUAAUUUUUCCCUCACUAAUUCACCAGUUGCAUAAAUC